CACACAUGUACAGACUCGUGUUUCAUUUAACUGUCUCUUCUUCAAAACCAAACCUUUCUCUUUCUCUCCUUCUUCCCAUACCCUAUAUGCCACUUAAGAUGACGAGGAAAGGACAGGGCUACUCUGUAAUCGCAUCAGUGUUGUUACAGUUACUACUGUCUAUGUCGUCUCGAAUCGAAUGCAGCAGCCAAGUGCACGCUUUGAGCCGCCUGUACCUGUCGAAGCGAGGGGUGGGUUCGUCCACCAUGGAUACAAGCCAUUUCAAGGUGGUUAAGGAUUUGAAACCGUCUUCGCUGCCGAGUAUUGCGAAUCACGAAAAGUUAAGAAAGAGAGAUCUGAUACGGAGAUUGCCCGGACAGCCUCCCGUGGAUUUCGAUCAGUACGGCGGCUAUGUCACUGUCAAUGAAUCCGCGGGUCGUUCCUUUUUCUACUAUUUCGUGGAAGCCUCCAAGUCUAAGGAUUCUUCUCCUCUGCUUCUAUGGCUCAACGGUGGACCGGGAUGCUCGUCACUGGCGUAUGGAGCACUACAAGAGCUUGGGCCGUUCAGAGUGCACAGCGACGGCAAAACGCUUUUUAGAAACCGAGAUGCAUGGAACAAUGCUGCGAACGUGUUGUUCUUAGAAUCGCCGGCGGGAGUGGGGUUCUCGUACACCAAUACAACGUCCGACAUGGAGAAGCACGGGGACAGGAAUACAGCGGCUGAUAACUACAUAUUCCUGGUGAAAUGGCUGGAGAGGUUCCCGGCGUACAAAGGCAGGGACUUGUACAUCGCCGGUGAGAGCUAUGCCGGCCACUAUGUUCCACAACUUGCUCAUACUAUCCUUCUCCAUCACCGGAGCUUUCUCAAUCUCAAGGGCAUUCUGAUAGGAAAUGCUGUGAUCAACGACGAGACUGACUUGAUGGGUAUGUACGACUUUUUUGAGAGUCACGCUUUGAUCUCCGAAGAUUCUUUGGCUACACUGAAGAACAACUGCGAUCUCAAGACAGAGUCUGCGAGUGUAAUGACUGAGGAGUGCGCGGUGGUGUCUGACCAGAUCGACAUGGACACGUAUUACUUAGACAUCUACAACAUAUACGCUCCCUUGUGCCUCAACUCCACACUCACCCGCAGGCCCAAGCGAGGAACCACAAUAAGGGAGUUUGAUCCGUGCAGUGACCAUUAUGUGCAGGCCUACCUGAACAGACCGGAAGUCCAAGCGGCCCUGCACGCAAACGCUACGAAGCUGCCUUACGAGUGGCAGCCGUGCAGCAGUGUGAUUAAGAAGUGGAACGACAGCCCUACCACAAUGAUUCCUGUCAUUAAGGGGCUGAUGGGUCAGGGUGUCCGCGUCUGGGUGUUCAGCGGAGACAUGGACGGGAGAAUUCCGGUGACGUCCACCAAAUACUCCCUCAAGAAGAUGAAUCUAACGGCCAAAACGGCUUGGCAUCCAUGGUACCUAGGGGGCGAGGUGGGUGGAUACACAGAGGAGUACAAAGAGAAGUUGACAUUUGCCACCGUCAGAGGGGCUGGUCAUCAAGUUCCCAGCUUCCAGCCAAAACGCUCUCUUUCACUCUUCAUUCACUUCCUCAAUGACACUCCUCUCCCUGACACCUCUCGUUACUAGAUAUAUUCUAUAUAAGAUUGUAAUGUCUCUCUCUUAAUUAGCUUUUAUUUCUCCCCCAUCCAUUCUUUAUCUACUAUUUCAUUACAUUGAAUGUUAAUACCUGUUUUGCUCUCACAACUUAAAAAGAGCAACUUAUCUC